GGAGAAGCUGCGGCGGGGCCGUCGGCGGGCGGAGACACUUGAGGUGAAAAUACACGUGUAAACCCUGGCGUUUACAGAAGAUGAAAGACAUCGACAUAGGAAAAGAGUACAUUAUACCCAGUCCUGGGUAUAGAAGUGUGAGGGAGAGAGCUGACUCCGUGCAGCACGAAGAGCAGGAAGAGUCUAAUUUUCAGCAUUCUAAACUUAAGCAGAUUGAAUGCCAGGAUGCCUUGGAAGCAGCAGCUCGGGCAGAGGGCCUGCCACUGGACACCUCUGUGCAUUCCCAGCUGAGAAUGCUGGACGAAGAGCAUCACAAGGGCAAAUACCACCAUGGUCUGAAUGCACUGAAACCCAUACGGACCACUUCCAAGCACCAGCACCCUGUUGAUAAUGCUGGGCUGUUCUCCUCCAUGACCUUCUCCUGGCUCACUCCUUUGGCCCACAGAGCAUACAAGAAAGGAGAAUUGUUUAUGGAUGAUGUGUGGUCUUUAUCAAGGCAUGAAUCUUCAGAUAUCAAUUGUAGAAGGCUGGAAAGAUUGUGGCAGGAAGAACUGAAAGAAAGUGGGCCUGAUGAUGCUUCUCUCCGGAGGGUUGUGUGGAUUUUCUGCCGCACCAGGCUCAUCCUUUCCAUAGUGUGUCUGAUGAUCACGCAGCUUGCGGGUUUCAGUGGACCAGCAUUCGUUGUGAAACACCUCUUGGAGUAUACCCAGCAGAGUGAGUCCAACCUGCAGUACAGCUUGUUUUUAGUUUUUGGCAUCUUUAUGACGGAAGUGGUGCGAUCGUGGUCCCUGGCACUAACCUGGGCAUUGAAUUAUCGCACGGGGGUCAGACUGCGUGGGGCUGUCCUGACAAUGGCAUUUAAGAAAAUCCUUAAGCUGAAGAACAUCAAGGAGAAGUCUCUUGGAGAGCUCAUAAAUGUUUGUUCCAAUGAUGGUCAGAGGAUGUUUGAAGCUGCAGCAGUUGGCAGUUUGUUGGCUGGGGGCCCUAUUGUGGCUAUCUUGGGAAUGGUUUACAAUGUGAUCAUUCUGGGUCCAACAGGCUUCUUGGGAUCUGCUGUCUUCAUCCUCUUCUACCCAGCAAUGAUGUUUGUGUCACGCCUCACAGCUUAUUUCAGAAGAAAAUGCGUAGCAACAACAGAUGAACGUGUGCAAAAGAUGAAUGAAGUUCUUAAUUACAUUAAAUUCAUUAAAAUGUAUGCCUGGGUCAAACCAUUUUCUCAGAAUGUUCAAAAAAUUCGUGAGGAGGAACGCAAAAUCUUGGAGCGUGCAGGCUACUUCCAGAGCAUCACUGUGGGAGUGGCUCCCAUCGUUGUUGUCAUUGCCAGUGUGGUGACCUUUUCUGUCCAUAUGAUCCUUGGCUAUGACCUUACAGCAGCUCAGGCAUUCACAGUGGUCACUGUCUUUAACUCAAUGACUUUUGCUCUCAAAGUAACUCCAUUCUCAGUGAAGUCUCUGUCUGAGGCAUCUGUUUCUGUUGACAGAUUUAAGAGUUUAUUUCUAAUGGAAGAGGUUCAUAUGAUAAAGAAAAAACCAGCCAAUCCUCACACCGCGAUAGAGGUGAAAAAUGCUACCUUGGCUUGGGACUUCUCCCACGCCAGCGUCCAGAGCUCACCAAAGUUGACCCCCAAAGUGAAAAAAGACAAGAAAGUCACCAAGAGCAAGAAAGAGAAAAUGAAGCUACAGAAUGAGGGACAGCAAGCUGUGCUGGCAGAACAGAGGGGCCAUCUUCUAGUGGACAGUGAUGACCAUCACAGCCCCGAAGAGGAGCACAAAAUCAUCCACCUGGUUAACCUUCGGCUUCAGAGGACUCUGUACAACAUUGACUUGGAGAUAGAAAAGGGAAAACUUGUUGGAAUUUGUGGCAGUGUGGGGAGUGGAAAAACUUCACUUAUCUCAGCAAUUUUAGGGCAGAUGACCCUGUUGGAGGGGAGCAUUGCAGUAAGCGGGAUGUUUGCGUACGUGGCCCAGCAGGCCUGGAUUCUCAAUGCCACUCUCCGGGACAACAUCCUUUUUGGCAAGGAAUAUGAUGAAGAAAGAUACAAUACUGUGCUGAAUGGUUGCUGUCUAAGGCCUGACCUGGCCAUCCUUCCAAAUGGGGACCUGACAGAGAUUGGUGAACGAGGGGCUAACCUGAGUGGGGGACAGCGUCAGAGAAUCAGUCUGGCUCGAGCCCUCUACAGUGACAGGGACAUUUACAUCCUUGAUGACCCCCUUAGUGCCUUAGAUGCUCAUGUUGGAAAUCACAUUUUUAACAGUGCAAUAAGGAAGCACCUGAAGUCAAAGACUGUCCUUUUCAUCACGCAUCAGCUUCAGUAUCUUGUUGACUGUGAUGAAGUGAUCUUCAUGAAAGAAGGCUGCAUUACUGAGCGAGGCAGUCACGAGGAACUGAUGAAUUUAAAUGGGGAUUAUGCAACUAUUUUUAAUAGCCUACAGCUGGGAGAAACACCACAUAUUGAGAUUAAUAUCAAGAAGAACACAAACAAUUCACUGAAAAGGCCCCAAGAUAAAAGUACCAAAACAGGGUCUGUGAAGAAGGAGAAAGUUGUAAAGAAGGAAGAGGAGGGUCAGUUGGUCCAGUUGGAGGAGAAAGGCAAAGGCUCUGUUCCCUGGUCUGUUUAUGGUGUCUACAUUCAGGCAGCUGGAGGCCCCUUUGCAUUCCUCAUCAUCAUGGCAUUGUUUGUGCUGAAUGUGGGCAGCACAGCUUUUAGCAACUGGUGGCUGAGUUUCUGGAUCAAGCAAGGCAGUGGAAACACCUCUGUGACUUUGGGAAAUGAGACUGUCAUAAGCAACAGCAUGAAAGAUAACCCUCGCAUGCAUUACUAUGCUGGCAUCUAUGCACUGUCUAUGGCGGUUAUGUUGAUUCUGAAAGCUGUUCGUGGUGUGGUCUUUGUAAAGGGAACUCUCAGAGCAUCCUCAAGGCUCCAUGACGAGCUCUUCCGACGGAUUCUGCGUAGUCCCAUGAAGUUCUUUGACACUACCCCCACUGGGAGGAUCCUCAACAGGUUUUCCAAAGACAUGGAUGAAGUUGACGUUCGUUUGCCGUUUCAAGCAGAAAUGUUCAUCCAGAACGUCAUUCUUGUGUUCUUCUGUGUGGGGGUGAUUUCGGGGGUGUUCCCCUGGUUCCUGGUGGCAGUGGGUCCCCUCAUUGUCCUGUUCACAGUUCUGCAUGUUGUGUCUAGAGUCUUUAUUCGAGAGCUCAAGCGUUUGGACAACAUCACACAGUCUCCAUUCUUGUCUCACAUUACAUCUAGCAUCCAGGGUCUUUCCACAAUCCAUGCCUACCACAAAGGACAGGAAUUUCUGCACAGGUACCAGGAGCUGCUGGACAACAACCAGGCCCCGUUUUACCUGUUCAGCUGCGCAAUGCGCUGGCUAGCUGUGCGUCUGGACAUUAUCAGCAUUGCUCUGAUCACAACCACUGGCCUUAUGAUUGUCCUGAUGCAUGGCCAGAUCCCUCCUGCCUAUGCUGGGCUGGCCAUCUCAUACGCUGUGCAGUUAACAGGGUUAUUCCAGUUUACAGUCAGGCUGGCUUCAGAGACAGAAGCUCGUUUCACCUCAGUGGAGAGGAUUGAUCACUAUAUCAAGACACUUUCUCUAGAAGCUCCUGCUCGAAUUAAGAAUAAAACUCCUCCUCUGGACUGGCCACAGGAAGGUGAAGUUGUUUUUGAAAAUGCAGAGAUGCGGUACCGAGAGAACCUCCCUCUAGUACUUAAAAAAGUGUCCUUUACCAUCAAACCGAAGGAAAAGAUUGGCAUUGUGGGGAGGACAGGCUCAGGGAAAUCUUCCCUUGGAAUGGCACUCUUUCGUCUUGUUGAACUGUCUGGAGGCUGCAUUAAAAUUGAUGGAGUGAAAAUAAAUGAUAUUGGCUUGGCAGAUCUUCGGAGCAAACUCUCCAUAAUCCCUCAGGAACCUGUUCUUUUCAGUGGCACUGUGAGAUCGAACUUGGAUCCUUUCAAUCAGUACAGUGAGGAGCAAAUCUGGGCUGCUUUGGAAAGGACUCACAUGAAGGAGUGUGUUGCACAGCUGCCUAUGAAACUUGAUUCAGAAGUGAUGGAAAAUGGGGAGAACUUUUCUGUUGGAGAGAGACAGUUACUGUGCAUAGCUAGAGCUCUUCUGCGUCGCUGCAAGAUAUUGAUCCUGGAUGAAGCAACAGCUGCUAUGGACACGGAGACUGACUUACUGAUCCAGGAGACCAUCAGAGAGGCGUUUGCAGACUGCACUAUGUUAACGAUUGCUCAUCGCCUGCACACAGUCCUGGGCUGUGAUCGGAUCAUGGUGCUAACACAGGGACAGGUAGUGGAAUUUGACACCCCGACUGCCCUUCUGGCCAACGAGAACUCGCGCUUCUAUGCUAUGUUUGCUGCUGCAGAGAACAAGGCUGGGACUUCCUCUUCCCUUCCCGAUGCCAGCAGUGGCUCUUGUGUGGUCCAGUUCAGAAAGCUAACUUGCAGAAAGCAGGAAUGCUGUACAAAGGAAGGAGACAGGAAGGCACCACCCACAGGAAGGGAGCUUUUAUAAUGCCAUAUGGUCUGGAAUAUCUCUGUGGUCAGCUGUCUCUGCUGUGUCUACUACCAUCUCCUUGAGCACCCUCAGCCUCCCUGCUGGUCAGGUGGGGAGCAGAAAUGUCCUUGGCUCUGUGCAAGCCCUGCUCAGCAACAGCUAUAAAACAUCUCUGAAUUAUCAACGCUGUUUUUAGUACCAACCCCAAACACAGCUUGAUACCAGCUACUGUGAAGAAAAUUCCCUCUAUCCCAGCCAAAACCAGCACAUUUUACAGCAAAGGCUGUGGCCCAAGACCAGCAGGUGCCCAAGAUGAGAGAGAUUUGCCUGGGAUAACUGGUUACUGUAUUGUUCUCUGGAAUUUCCAUUACGUCAGUUUUGCUUAUUCUGUCCAAACACAGUGAGUGCAGCUGAUCCUGAUUCAUUAUCAAAAGCUUAGAGCCUCUUCAAGAGAAUGUGUUUCUGCUCAUCUCAUCUGUCUGAUGAGUGGACACACUACACUUGCUUGUGACUUCAACCAAAGUGCAGGUAGGAUUCUUCUAAAAUUACUCUGCAGUUAAACAUGCAGUUAGAUUGGUGUAAUCAGAGUCUAAAGUUGUCCUGGUUGAUGACAUUUCACCUUCUCUGUGGUGAAGGUGUGCAGGGUCAGAUCCUGGGGUUGCUGGGGCUGUGCUUUGCCCAUCACCUGUAGAUGAAAGCCAGGUCAAACAGGCUUAGUGCAUCACUGGAAACAAAACUGGAGGAAGCUGAAUUUUUUCAAGAGGCAGCUGGUGUGAGAGGUGGUAUCAGAAGGAUAAAAGCAAGACAUUUGACUUAUUAAAAGAAGACGUGGACAGCAAAAAUGGCAGGACAAAAUGUUUUUCUUAGUUACAAGGGGGGUUAUUGCAGACGCAAAAUUUAUUUUUGAAGGUGGUUCAAAAGAACACUGAGAAAGUGUGGAGCGCUGUACGCAGCAACCAAAGAGCCUGAGUGCUGUCUUGUUAAUUUUUACUGCAACAGUAGCAUGUGUUUUACUAUAUAUAAGUGAUUACACAAAGGUUUUCUUUAGCUUCAGGUCGGUGGAGGGUGAUACUGUGAUUUGUUUAACCCUUGGUUGAGCAUGUAACCGCAGCCACAAUUUGCUGAGGCCACAAUUUUUGCCUCUGGUGUGACGAUACAGUGGAAACUGAGCUGGAAUUUGGUGCAGAUGCUGCAGUUGUUAGUGUAAGGUUUGGGAGGCUUUUAGAAUGUA